AUGACUACUUUCGACGAUUGGUAUCAGCAGUACAUCUACGAGACUGUGCUCAAUGAUGUCGAUGGAAAUAUCACUCAAUCUCUGAGUCCAUCCAGUGAGUUUUUCCAGCUUGCCUUCAAACCCAUACUACCGAUGGAGGACCAAUGCAUUAACCCAUCAAUUCUUCAGCUGCCAGCGAACAGUGGUCUUCUCGAGGAACACAACAUGCAGUCAGAAGAGGGGGGAGCUUCUUCAUCCUCCCCAUCAUGUCUUGCCUCCUCCUCCACCUCCGCCUCUUCCCCUGAUACUACAGAACCCAUGAACACUAACAUUGAGAACUCAGAAGCUUCCAAUUUCUCUUCCCUCUGCUCCAUUCCUUCUUCUUCAUCCUCGACUCAGCGAUCCUCAGUCAUUACUCUUUCCCCGGAACUGAAUGACGACAUCUUCUACGUUGAGCAAAUCAUUCAAGGCUGGGGUCCAAAGGACAGUCGCCAAUAUCUCAUCAAAUGGGUAGGAUGGGGUCCUGAGUACAACACAUGGGAGCCAGCUCAGAACGUUUCGGAAGACCUCAUUAUGGAACUCGAAGAGCGACCUCGUCGCACACGUUGCCGGCAAGGGUAA